AUGUCACAGCCUGAUGGACAGAUUCCUGGUGACAAAACUGUUGGUGGAGGUGACGAUGCUUUCAACACCUUCUUCAGCGAGACCGGUGCUGGAAAGCACGUCCCACGUCCUGUCUUUGUCGAUCUUGAACCCACUGUGAUAGACGAGGUCAGGACCGGUACUUACCGUCAGCUUUUCAACCCUGAACAGCUCAUCAGCGGUAGAGAGGACGCAGCUAACAACUUCUCCCGUGGCCACUACACCUUUGGGAAGGAGAUUGUUAAUCUCUGCUGCUUGGACCGUAUCAGAAGGCUCGCUGAUAACUGUACUACUGGUCUCCAAGGGUUCCUUUUCUUCAACUCUGUUGGUGGAGGAACUGGAUAUGUUCUUGGAUCUCUUCUCCUUGAGAGGCUUUCUGUUGACUACGGGAAAAAGUCCAAGCUCGGGUUCACUGUUUACCCAUCUCCACAAGUCUCCACCUCUGUUGUUGAGCCUUACAACAGUGUCCUCUCCACUCACUCGCUCUUGGAGCACACUGAUGUUUCUAUCCUCCUCGACAAUGAAGCUAUCUACGACAUCUGCAGACGUUCCCUCAACAUUGAGAGGUCAACCUACACCAACCUUAACCGUCUCGUCUCUCAGGUUAUCUCUUCCUUGACUGCUUCACUAAGGUUCGAUGGUGCUUUGAACGUGGAUGUGACAGAGUUCCAAACCAACUUGGUCCCAUACCCAAGAAUCCACUUCAUGCUUUCAUCCUACGCUCCUGUCAUCUCUGCAGAGAAAGCCUUUCACGAGCAGCUCUCUGUUGCUGAGAUCACAAACAGCGCCUUCGAGCCAGCUUCCAUGAUGGCAAAGUGUGACCCACGUCACGUGAGGUUCUUGCAGCGUUGGAGAAGGAUUAUGAAGAGGUUGGUGCUGAAGGUGGGGACGAUGAGGAUGACCAAGGUGAGGAGUACUAAGAUCAGUGUGUUGGAGAAACAUGGAUAUUGUGUUUGGCUUUUCUGCUAUCCUUUUAUGUUUGCGUGAAGGGGGCUCGAAACAUUCGUGUGACGAGUCCUUAGUUUGUAUUUUCUUGCAACUAUCUGUCUCUUGCUAUCUUUGACUUCUACUCUGGUUUUUAACUCCCUCUUGCCAUCUUAACUCUGAUAUGGUUUUUACUCUA